AUGGCGUUUCGAGUUAACGAUAGCAGUGGCACCGAUGAUGAUCAUCCACAGACACAAUAUGCUAGAGUUCCAGUGGGAGGUCGUGUAGCAGUAAAUGGAAGAUCUUUUGUAGGCCCAGAUCCAUAUCAAAGAAUGCCGAGUGAUAUGGAGUCUGAAAUCCAUAACCUGGAGCAAAUAGCAUAUGCUGCAGUCCUACAAGCUUUCAAAGCACAGUCUGAUGCCCUUACAUGGGAGAAGGAGGGUCUAAUAACAGAACUAAGGAAGGAGCUAAGGGUGUCAGAUGAUGAGCACAGAGAUCUACUUACCAAGGUCAAUGCAGAUGAUCUCAUUCGUAGAAUCAGGGAGUGGCGAGAAGCUGGUGGGAUUCGCAAUGCUGCAUUCAAUGUCCCUCAGCAUUUUAACGAUCAACUACCCAGUCCCACAGUGUCAGCAUCUCGCAAGAAGCAGAAGACACCCCAAUCAGGAAAUCCAUUCGGGAUGCCAUCUCAGUCAUUACACCUUCAGCCUGCUACCACACAGCCAUUGUCUACAGCUGGGAAAUGGGGACCUGCUUUAGUAAUGAGUGGCAGAAGACCCAAUUCCGGCCAGCAAGCUUCGACCCCAAAGCCCAUGCAAUAUCAGAUUAACAACCUUGGUUCUUCUGGUGCGCCUUCAACCAAUGACCUUGCCGAAAGUACACAUGAUCCGUUAAUUGGUAGGAGGGUGAUGAAGAGGUGGCAUGAAGACAACAACUUCUAUGAGGCUGUCAUAACCGAGUAUAAUCCUGAAGAUGGUCGCCAUUCUUUAGUUUACGAUAUCAAUACUCCAAAUUCAACAACGGAGCAGGUGCAUCUCAAAGAGAUUCCUCCGGGGGAUAUCAGAUGGGUGGGUGACGAUCCUGUAAUAUCUCGAUUGGGUGAGGCAGGUGGACAAGGCACUGUAGUUACCAUUCCGAGCACUGGAAGAGGGAGAGGUCCCUCUGGGAACCAAUUUACAACUGAAAUCCUGCCAUCACAAAACAGCACUAUGGAGGAUGAGGGAAAAUUUGAAAUUCUUGACACAGACAAAUUAAUAGAGAAGGUGGAGAGGGUGCUUGAUGCAAGUCAUCCUGAUGAACUUGAGAUUGAAAAGGCUAAGAAAAUGCUCAAGGAUCAUGAACGAUCACUGAUUGAGAUGAUUGGAAAACUUGCAGAUGUGUGUGAUAGUGAUGGAGAGCAUCCAUCCUAG